UUUUUUAAAGCUAUUAUGAUGAACUGAAAAUAAAUAAUACAUAAAAUAAAAGCUCUUUGACGGAGGCAUUUAUCCAGCAUUGCGCUAAAGAGGCACUAGCGAAUACUUCACACCCACCUUUUUUCAUUCAAUGGAAAUUUAGCCUAAACAUCUAAAAUUUUAAAUUUGGAAUGCAUACAUUUCUAAGUUCGUACUUCCAAAAGCCUAUAAACUAAAAACUUCUAAAAUAGUCGCGUAUACGUCAUACUGAAAAGGAUAAUUGCUUGCUUUCGAACAUAGGUUAAUAAAGUCCCCCUUUCAUGUUGCAUUCGCUCUUUUAAUUUAUAAUUCAAGCUUACACUCUAUUCCUACGUUUCUAGUUUCAUGACUUUGCAAUGUUUAAGGUGGCGUCACUUGCUUAUUGGGAUAUAGAGAAAAAUAUUGUAUUGGCGCGUAUCGACCGAGCAAAAACAAUUUUUUCCAUUGCUACUUAUACAUUUUAACUAUUUAACACACAGGUACAGUGAACAAAACUGUGUACAUAUUUGUUCGUUUCUCCGCUAAAUCUUUCGUCAUUUUAUUGUGUAGCGUGUACCUUUUCAAGGAGAUAAUCGUUGCUGUUUUGUAGCCAUUUUGCUAUCCGUUGAUAAAUGCAAGACAUUUUCGUACCGACUGGUGAACCGCGUACUUCUUGAUAUGUAUAAAAUAUCCAUGUUUGUUCUGAUGUUUCAAAUGAUCUCUGAUCGUAAACAUUUCUUUUAAUACUGUCAUGGCACAUUAAAAAUGUGAUGUGUAUUAUUAAAUAGAUGUGUGUUAUACACGCUAUUCACGGAAGCUUCAAAUGUUCACACAAAUCAAUUUAAGAGCGGAUAUUUCUGAAGAAGUGUAUUACGAUAAAUUUUCUAUAUUAUAUUAUAUUAAUGAUGACAAAGACGUGAUGGAAGUAUUAAAGCAAGCAGUUAAACAAGAGAACAUUAUAUUUCACCCAGAAACUACAGAAGAUUCUGUAGAAGCAGAAAUUGAAGAAAUUAUAGAAAUAAUAGAGGAAAUAGAAGAGGAUAAAGAAGAAUCAUUGCAGAGCGAUGAGGUUGUAAAUGAUAAAGAAAAUAGAGAUGAGCAGGUGGAUGAAAAUGAUCAGAAUAUUGAAACAUUGCAAAAUGAACAAUCUGAUAAAAGUUCAGAUAUAAAAAUUUAUACUUUUGACGAAACCAGUUCUGGUUCUAAAGCAACUUCAGAGAAAGAAAGGGAGAAGACAGAUCUGCAUAAAAAUAAUAAGAAACAAGUUAUAACAUAUGAUGUGGAUGAAGACUGGCAAGAUGAAGAUAUGGAAGAAGGGGAGUUUGAAGAAAAUUCUGAUAUAAUGAAUCAUUGCACAGAAAAUUUACAAAGACAAAAAACACCAAGUGAAGAGAAGAAAUGUACAAAUAAUCAAGUAAUUAAUUUUCCUUUACAAAUAAAAACAGAAUGUAAUGACAAUGUAGGAUCUCUGAAUAAGGCAGAAAAAUCGAAAUCAAAUCAAGGUUUUAAAUGUAACAUAAAUAAUGUUGAAAGCGUUGACAAUAAUGUGGGUCAUGAAAUUGUGAAGAAUGUUGAAAAUAAUUUAUUAUACACUGUUCUUGGCACUAAAAAACAAAGUUCUACAAAGACAUUACAAGAUAAGCUUCCAGAUGCACAUUAUAUUAAGAUGGAGCAUCUUGAUGAAAAUUCCAUACCAGUUGGAGGAACAAUUUAUUAUGAAGGAGAUAACAUGGAGACAUUGUAUGUUGCACAGGCUGUAGAUGCCAAUGAACAGUAUGCUUAUGAUGCUGCAACAAUAGAAAAUGAAGAACAGGCGUGGGAAGCAGGUAAUUCUGACAGCAAUCAAAAUCAAGAAAAAGAAAAUUCUCAGGAGCAAAUAUUUUUACAUGAGGAUGAAGAUGGUCAAUUAUAUUUCAAAGAUGAUAAUGGAAUUCUACAACCAGUGUAUUUAACUGAAGAUGGACAUUAUGCAAUUGCAGAAACUAAUGAUGAUCAUGAUGGAAAGGAAGCACAAAUGAAAUCUCAGAAUGUCAGACAGGCUGAAGAAGUAUCUUUUUCUGUUCCAGAUAAUGAACUCAAAUCUCACAAUAAUAAACAGAAUUCUGUAGUGUCAGCUCCUGAUAUAGACAAUGAAGAUAACACAGUGACUAUAUCCUUGAUAAUAUCUGAAGAUGAACAUGGCCAGAAGAGAACACAAGUCAUUAUACCAACAACAGAUAACUUGAAAUGUGAUAUUUGUAAUAAAAGUUUCAAAACAUCUUUUCAGUUACUUCGACAUAACAGACUAAAACAUGCUCGUGAAGAAGAUAUUACAACCAGAAAUUUCCCCUGUGAUUUAUGUCCUAAAAGAUAUCCCGAUCAAAAUUCUCUAGCUCGUCACAGAAAAACCCAUACCGGUGACCGACCAUUUCAGUGCCUCGAGUGUCACAAAACCUUUCCAACAUCUACUGCUCUACGUCGUCACUUGACGCUUCAUAAUUCACAAUCUCGACCUCUUCCGUGCAUUUACUGUGGUCGUCGCUUCGUAGAAAAAGCUAGUUUGGUUAAACACGAGCAGUCACAUUUGGCUGGUGACCAGCGGACCCACACAUGCGAUGUAUGUCAUAAGUCAUUCUUACACGCAACUGAUCUCAAUCUUCAUAAAAAGUAUCAUGAUCCUGAUAAGAAAUUUGACUGUGAGGUUUGUGGUCGAGAGUUCAACAGAUUGAACAAUUUGCAGAGACAUAUGAUGGUACAUCAACAACAAGGAGCAAAUGAGGAGAUACUCUCCUGCGACGUGUGCGGUAUCACGUAUAAAUUCAUGAGUUCGUUAACAAGGCACAUGGUGACAACGCAUAUGAAUCCAGAGAAAUUGAGGCAACAAGCGGAGGAACAACGAAGGAAACGCGAAAAUAAUUAUCGACGUUACUUAGAAAAUCGGAAAAUGUACGAGACACAAAACUCAGGAGGAUUCGGUACAAAACGCAGUUAUAGUGGGCGUAUAAUUAGCGGGAGUAACGAUGAAACAAAAAUGGAAUUUACAGUUUGUGAAAUGGACAAAACAAAAUUAGAAUUGCCUUAUACGGGAGAAAUCAGUUCAAAUAAUUCCGAUCAAAUUGAUUCCGGCAUAAAACCAGACAUCAUACUUACAGAAGUUGCCAAUACAGUGAUUCAAAAUGACACAGAAACAAAAGGGGAAAUAAUGCCAAUACAACAAGAACUUGAACAUGACAAUAUCGCUCAAAACGAAACAGAUUCAGUAUUAUUAAGAAAUGAUGAUAAAAGGUAUUGUUCGAUGGAAGAAAACAGUAUUAGCAAUCCUCUAAAAUGUUCUACUUCUUUAAGUAAUUUCUCAGAUGUGUUUGUGAAAUGUGACAUACCAUCUACUGAUAUGAGCCUUCCGCAAGAAAAGUGUCUUCAAAAAUCGUCUUCAUAUAAUGAUGUUAGUUCUACGUCAACAUUAUCUAAUUCAUUGUCAUGUUUACCUUCACAUGUGAUUUCUGAUAAUGAUGAAAAUUUGGUGACUUCAAAUGAAUGUAAAGAAAUAAAAUCAGAACCAACCAAUAAAGAGGAAAAUAUUGCUGCAGGAUAUGAAACUGCGAUAAGACCACAUGAAAUGAAAUCUUUAGAACAUCAAAAUUAUAUGGCACAACAUUCAACUAUAAAUAAUAAAUUAAUGGUGAACAAUAAACAGCCAGGAAUUGUAAUAAAUGAAGGUAUUAGUAAGGAACAAAAAUCUUCUGAAAUUGUGAAAAGUACAAGAACACCUAGACCAACUCUUACUGACGACAGCAAAUUAGUUAAAAUUUCACUGCCAACAUAUCCAAUUAAUAUAAUGCAAUCCAAUGCUCAGUUUCUGAACAAGAGUCGUAGUUUCCUAAAUUUUAUUACAGAGAAAUCAACAAACAUAAUGGAGAAAGCAUUGUUACCACAACAUUUAGCUGUGAAGUAUAAUUCAGUAAUUAAACCUACAGAUAACGUUUAUACCGAGAAGAAACACACGGAAGAAAUUUUCGGCACCGAGCCUCUUUUAACGCAUUCAAAAUUUAACGGUGAAUCAGAUUUAGCAACAAAUGUAAAACAUGUUGUUCCAGUAAAAAAUACAACUGAUAGUAAAGAGAAUGAAUGUAUAAAAAUCGAUGAAAGUGAGAUUAUUUCUAAAAAGAAUUCCAACGAAAAUUUAUUCACGAAUAUUGCAGAAGAUAAUAAAUAUGAUACAAUGGAUGAUAGCAUGGUUGAUAAAAAUAAUGAUGUUAGUACCUGUAAACUGAAUUACACAAAACAUGAAUCCUAUUCUACCAAUGAUAGCAACAGUGGUUCAUUUUACAUAAAUGCAAAUGGGGAUUCUAAUAUCAAUUUCAUACCGCAUCUUGAAUGCAAUAAUUUUACCCAGGAAACUGUUACUGAUGUACUUCAAAAAGAAGAGAACAUUCAUUCUGAUGAGUCAAAAUACAGUUUAUUACAGAAUCCAGACUACCUUGCUUUGUUAAGGGACUAUGCAGAUUUGAAAUCAAAGCAUUUAAAGUUACAGGAAAAAGUUGAAUAUUUGGAAGAAAGAAAUAGAUCACUAGAAGCAGAAAAUAAAGAAGAAACUUUUCCUGUACAAAUAGAAACAUUACAGAGGACAAUAAACACGCUUACAUCUGAAUUACACGCAUCGCAAACGGGGCAGGAAAUGUUGAAGAAAGAAUAUAAUGCUGCUAAUAAAGAAAGGGAAAGUAUGGUAAUGAAAUAUGCAGUUAGUGAAAAGCAAUUAAUUGAUACUCAAAGGGCACGAGAAUAUGCAGAACGCAAGGUGAAAGAAAUGAUCAAGCAACAAGAAUCACUUCAAUGCAAAUUAAGAGAGAUGCAAGGAGAACGGGCGAGAAUAUGUAAUAUUUUGGACGGAAAACACCGUGAAGUAACAGAUCUCCAGAAAGAAGUUGAUAAAUUGAGAGAAGAUGUGAACAUGAGAGAUAUAAAAUUAAAAUGGACUCAAAAUAAACUUAAAACUGAAAUGGAUUUGCAAAAGGAAACACAGCAGAAAUUGGAUAAAGCUAUGAUUAGAAUUAAUGAAAUGAAGGAGGAAUGUGAUCAAGUGCGUAAAGAAACACAAGAAUCAAUAAGGAAAUUUCAACAAUCAGAAGAAAACAAAGCUGUCACAUUGGAUCAACAACUAAAAGAACAACAAGCGCGUUUGAUUUUGGAAAGACACGUGAUAGAGGACAAAGAAAUGUUGAGGCUACAAUUACAAAAAGAAGUAGAAACCUUGAAAAAUAGGCAACAGGUUCUAAUUGAAGAAAAUAAUACACUUAGUUUAAAGAUACAAGAUGCUGAAAAAGAUCGUUCAAAUUACGAGAGUAAUUUGAAUAAUUUAAAGAUUUUAGCAGAUCAGCGUCAAAAAGAAAUUGCGGAGUUGCUUAGUAAAGUGUCCGAGUUGGAAAGAAUGAAAGUUCAGUUACAACAUAAAGAGCAGUAUUUAGCAUCGACUGAAGCAGAAAUUAACCAUUUACGUAUGGUCAACGAAGAACUAGAGGCUGACAUGUCCGCGUGUCGUCAGAAAGAAGCAGAAAUGUUAGAUUUUACACAAAAGUUAACAGAUAAAAAUGUGCGACUUCAAUCAGAGUUUACGGCCACUGAGGCUAAGAUGAAAAAACUGGAACAAGAACAUGGACCAUUGCAUGAACGUAUAAGUGAACUAACUGAUAAAAUUAAAAUAUUGGAAGAAAAAAUUGCACAGGAGCAAAAGUUAAGAAUGGAAGAAUGUGAAAUUUUAGCUAAACAUCUUGCUGAACAGACACAAGCGGUGCAGAAUCUUUCGCAGAAAUUAGAAGACAGUCAAGGAGAAAAUGCAGUAUUGAAGAGGAAGCAACAAAUAAGUAUGAAAGAGAUGACACGUGAGCUGCAACAGUGUCGAAAGAAAUUGGAGGCAUUUGAAACAUCGUCACCUUACAAUUCACUGGGUGUUGCAUCUAGGACUGGAUCGAAUAUUUCACUGAAUACAGGAGAUACUUUAAAUGGUGCCUUAUCAGAUAAUAGUAUUAAUGGUGAUCACGGUAUUCAGUCUAUAGAGCCUACUAAACAAACGCUAAUAGAUCGUAUUAUAAAAUUACAAGAAAUCAAUGCUAAAAAAGCAGAGAAGCUUGAUUUUUUCGAAGAACAUACUCGAACCUUAGUUGAGGAGCUACAAAAGAAAACAAGAAUCAUACAAAAUUAUAUUUUGCAUGAAAAUAUUGGUGCUAUGGGCAACAAUGAAAGAGAUAGAUAUAAGGCUGAAUUAGCGAGACAUGGAGGGAUAAUGGCUUCCGUUUAUAAUCAACGAGUUUCGGAUGACAAUAUGACUUUGGAAUUAUCGUUAGAAAUAAACCAAAAACUUCAAGCAGUGUUAGAAGAUGCAUUAUUUAAAAAUAUCACGUUAAAAGAUAAUAUUGACACAUUGGGCGAAGAAAUAGCACGGUUAACGAUGCAGAACCAACAAAGACAAAAUACAAACUAAAAAU